AUGCGGUCGAUUUACCGUGCUCAACAACCCUCGACAUCGCAUUCCUUAACCUCGUCAGCUUCUUCAACUUCUACCUCAGCUUCCUCCCUACAAUCUCUAGACUACAGUAAUAACAAUGCUUUGAUAAAUCAACUGUCAUCUCGGUUGCAAGAUACUGUACUCAGUCGACUACAAGAUCCUACUCUAGGCCGGUUACAAGACACAGCGAUAAGCCCGCUGAACAGCCUCAACAAUAUUAGUACAGUAAGAAGAAAUCCGUUUAGUACGGAAGCAACCAUACAGUACGAUUUACUGGACAACACACCUUAUGUACAAUAUGAUCAGACGGAUGUUUAUCGUGAUUUUGCUGUUGAACAACAUAAGUUUGGCAACGAAAUAAGACAUAGACAGCUUACGGUUAGUAGAUUGCAGCCAGGCUUUGAGGAUGAUGAGGAACUGCCUUACUUACGACGUCAUGAUCAAGGAAACCUGUACUACAAGGAUGACACAUCAUCAACGUUACAUCGUCUGUCGGGAGUUGACGCAUCAUCAACGGUACAUCGUCUGUCAAGAGUUGACGCAUCGUCAACAAUAAAUCACGCCUCAGAGACAGAGAAUGAUGACAAAUACAAUACAGAAACCGAUGAAAUGCUAAAAAUCGCACAGUCCGAUGACGGGCCUUGGCUACGUUAUAAACGGACGGAUGUUACGCACAAACCAACACCCAGCCAUAACGAAGAAAGACAAAGACUCAAUCAACAAGAAAGUUGCCGGAAUCUACAGUAUAAUCCAAUACACACUGGUUGCUUGUUACAUAAGUCGGAUGAAGAUGAUGAUAUUAACAAUGGUAUAAACGAUGAUUGCAACCUCAACUUUGAUAGAACGUUAUAUGGCUUCAACUGUCAUAAAGCACAGCAUGACUUCAGCAUUCACAAAUCAUCUUGUGGCCAAGGAAAUACAGGUUUUGGUGCCAAGGUUCAACGUAAACUACAGAACGACAAACCAAAGAUUCGAACAGUACGAUACAAUCCAGCAGCUGCAGUAAGAAAAAAGUUGUAGCGCAUACAGAAUUUCUUCUGAUGAUGGGGCUACGCCAAAAUGUUUGAAGAAAAAAUACAGUACGGAUGUUGAACCGACAAAAAACGCAAAUGCUUUAGCUGUGAGACCUUCCAACACUUUUCAUGAUUGUGACAAGGCUUAUGGAGGUCCAAGUAAUCGAUAUGGGCUAGAUAAGGGUCCGAAUGACUGUAACGGUAUAAGCAAUACUUCAAUUUGCAUGCACGAUCAUACUAAGGCUAUGAAUAACAUCACCAGCCACACUAGUGCUUUGAAUAACAUCAACAGCCAGAAUAGUAGUUUCAAUAGCAUCAACAGCCCACCCAACAUUUCAAAGCGUCUCCACAGCUCAAGAAAGACUUCAAUUUGCACAAACAACAUUAACAUCAAUAUUGGUAACUGUUCCGUCAGACCAUCAACUAGUAUUAACCUCAGUAACGUUAGACCAUUAACUAGUGUCAACCUCAGCUUAGUCAGACCAUCAACUAGUGUCAGCUUCAGUACAGUCCGACCAUCGACAAGUACCAACUUUCGACCGCCUUCAAGUAACUUCUACAAGACCUAUGACUUCACAUCCAACACACUGGUCACUGCCGACGGUUCAAAAAGUGAAUUUACGACCGAACAAAUUUACAAAAAGAUUGGCCGAAAAAGGUUUUUACGAAAAGAAUUGUCCAAAACACCAGUGGCAAAGCUCAGGGAGAUUAUGGAGGAACUGGAAGCUAGGGUUGAUGGUGAGUAUCUUAACCUUUUGAUAUCAUUCUACAUCUUAUAAUAUCAUUAUUAUAGCCUUAUGAUACCUUAUAAUAUUAUUAGUAUAGUAAUAGCGCUAGCUAAAGCACUAGUAUCACGUUAGAUAGCACUGUACCUAUAUGCUCUAUAAACAACUUUCUUUAGUAUGAAAGACGAACUUUUUUGGUAUGACCUGUGUUUUGCCCGGACCGGUCCGGAGCGUUUUUCUUCGGUCCGGUACGGCGAUUUUGGAUCCGGUCCGGUCCGCAAAAAUUUUUGUUUUGGUCUGUCCGGACCGGCAAAACACUGGAUAUGACAAAAUACCACCUUAACCUUAAAAGUUGUACCUUUCAAAAGUGCAACUUUUACGAAAAUUUGUCAUUAAUCCUGUUUUGUUCAGACAAUUCCUUGUUAAUUAUGUUUCGGUACGUUGGAAUUGUUAUUUCCGCCAAUUUGAUAGUAACGAAAAAUAGAAAUGUAAAAUGAGGAGUGGAUUAGGAAAUGCAGUAAAUAGGCCUUGUUAUUUGAUGCCUAUUUUAGGAGUGUAAAAAAUGAGUGCACAUUUGGGCAGAGUACUGUAAUUUAUUAUUAGUACGUUGUGCUAAAGUCUUUUUAUUUAGUAUUAGUGCAGUUUAGAUACUAGGGCUAGGGCUCUGGGUUAGGGCUUUGGGUUAGGGCUUUGGGAUAGGGCUCUGGGCUAGGGUUCUGGGCUAGGGCUCUGGGCUAGAACUCUGAGCCAGGGCUACGAGAUAGGGCUCCGGGCUUUGGGCUAGAGCUAAGGCUCUAGGAAAAGGUUAUGGCGAGGGCUAAUUAACUUACAAAUUAUGACGUUUGGCUGUAAAAAUAAUUUUUUUUAAAUAGAAAGCCACUUCUUUUGGACUCACUUAACAUUCACAACAUAAAUUAUUAGCAAGAUCUUGCAAAAAGAGAUUCUUUGGAGAACAAAGAAAAUGAAUUACAACGUGCAUACGCAGCAAAGCAAACAGAUUAACAUAAGUCAGUAGUUCAAAAAAUAAAAAAAUUUAGAAAAAAUUUUUUAUUUAAAAUUUUAAAAAAUUUUUUAAAAGUUUUAAAAUUUUAAUUCAGUUGCCAACACUGACUUAGUACUACUGUUGAUGAAACGGGACCAAGUUUACCUUGAAAAGGAUGCCUUACAACUGGAGGUGGAGGAUAUUGUAGAGUAAGUGUAAAAUACGCUUUCUUCAUGAUUUUUUCAAAAUUUUAAUCGUAAAAUGACAAAACUGUUUACACGCCGUAAGUGCUACUUUUUUAUUAGUCUUAGCCCUAACCCUGGCUUUAUCUGUGUAACUUGGUCUUUAAGGCCUACUACAAUAUCAAUUGCUUUCAGGAUCCUUAUCAUAUAUAAUUUUUAAAAUUUCAGAUUUCACAAAGCUCAAAACGUUGUGCUCACACAGAAUCACGUUGUGCAGGGACGGUGCAAUUAA